GCGGCGAUAUGGGCAUCACACCCUCCUCCCUCAUGGAUGACGAAGCAGCCUUCGUAGGGUGGAUGGAAGCCGCGGGUAUCAUCCGGUCCCGUGCUGACAACUACGUGUGGGGUCCCGCAGGGUACCAAAUGACACCCCCUCACUCGUUCUCUGCGGGGCCCAACACGUUUGCACCAACGGUACCGUCUGGUUCCACGCAACCGAACGGAAUGCCUACACCUCCUCCGCACCAGCUACAGACGACCAACGCUCCAGGACACGUGUCCAUACCUCUCCCAAGGCUCAGCUUGUCGCAAGAACUCGAGGAUCCCAAACCGCCUUCAUCAGCAAGUGAUGGGCUCGCUGUACCAGGACCGAAUCCGAUCCAUCCCGCAGAACCACCACCGCUCGUUGGUCCUCCCCAUGGUCACUUCGUCCCAGGGCAUAACCCGUAUCUGCUUCCGAGCGGAGAGCCACUCUAUUUCGCGGGGGCGUCGCCUCAUGGCGCUCCUUACGCGAAUGGGGCAGCUGCCACCGGCUUCGCCCUAGGAACACCUUACCAGGUACAUUAUGCGUCUCAAGGUAAUCCGCGUCCAGCUGUCGGCGGACAACUUCAAGGGGUGCGCGUCGACGAAGAAUCUGCGCUCCAAUUGCAUGCUGUGCGCGCAUACAGGGGCUCCCGCAGUCAUAUCAUGACCUUCGACCGGACCUGGGAUGAUGAACGGUUGCUGAAGGAGAUGCGAAAGACAUACGACGGGCUCCGCUCGUGGCGGAGAUGGCUCUCGCUCAAGAACGUGAGAUCUGUAACGCUGGUCUCUAUUCGGGGAAAGGAUCAGUUCAUAUUCCCUCAACGAAUCGGCCCAUCGAGGGUCAGCGCGCGCCAGCACAUGCGGCUACGAUUCCUUCUCGAUCACCCAGAGAAGUUGCGGGGGAGCCGUGACUUCAUGAAGAUGCUGGAUGCUCCCGGCGUCGGCAUUGAGUUCGUUGAGCGCUGGCAAGCGAAACGACUAGCAUUCGCCGUCAUCGGGUUGGUCCUCCUCUCGUUGGCGGCGUCGCUAAUCUACGCAUGUGUCACGGGCGAUGUGUCGACCGCAUUUACGAUUGGAUCCUACAUAACCUCCGCAUUCUCGGUGGUCCUCGUCCUAGUCGGCAUUUUGGGCUUCGUGGAUCUCUAG